UCAUUUGUAGCUUUUCAUCUGUCCGAAUCAUGGCGUAGAAUGUGGAACAAAAUGCUCUGCACCCCGCUUGGCAUACGCUCGUACGGAAGCAUGAGGUGCGCCCUUCUUACGAUGAUGGUGGCAUACUGAUGAAACUUUAACCCUUACUUCCUUUCGGGCCGUGUUGUUCUUUGCGCUUGUGUUCUGCUCUCUUCCGUUCCGUGUGGUGACUACCCGCAUAACUUUAGCUUCAACUUACUUGCUUGGCCCACCAACGUGCAUGGCACGUGUAAAUUAUGUUCCCCAUCGGAACCAUAUGCAAACAGACUACUUACUGGUCGAGUUAGAUUGGGGGGGAGGAAGACGUGCUGGAGGAAGUGUGAUAGAAAAGUGGGAUAGAGAGAGAAAGGGCGAAGAUGGUAUUAAAUUUUAUUUUUGAGCUGAUUGAUUACUUCGCUGGUCACCGGAUAUUUCUGGUCCAAUGGCUGUGCGUGUAGAUACACGCAUUCCAUUUUUGGCCCGCGUUGCCCCCGCGUUCCAAUGGGGGACCAUUGCAGAGCGACCCGGAGGUCUAGUGUUAAUUUUGACACUCUCUUCCAGUUCACUCCGAACUCCAUCUUUCCUUUCGGACCCCGUGCACUAUGAUCGAGGCGUACAAAAUAGACUGUAGCCACAUGAUUGAUCUCUACGCGUGUGUCAUCGUGUGGUGCGCAAACAAAGCGCUUCUAGGCAGAUGUUUUCAUAAUCUUCAUGGAUAGAUAUCGAUCGAAGCAACCAAUGCCGGACGGUGACGGGUUGGAGAUGUAUUUUGCUAAUUUUACUGAAAAGUUAUAUGAAGAAAAUGGAAUCGAAAUUACAACCACCCCUCAAAUACUUUCUUCGCGAUGAAGUCGUCAUCCAUAAUGAAGAGACCAGCGCGUGGGUUAUCGUCCACGGAACGGUUAUCGAUAUAACGUCACUGUUUGCAGCAGCCGAACGAAAAACGUCGCUACAGAAGAAGACACUACAAUGGCUGUUGGCGCUUGCGGGGCAAGAUUUAAGCUCGUUCUUCCAUAACAACGAGCUUACUCCCAUCGAGCGUACCAACCGCAACGGAGAACGGGUUCCAAUCUUCGUGCCCUGUUUGGAGCGUAAUCCUGCCACCCAGCUCUACUGGUACCGUGAUCCGGCUCUGGUCAUUGGACGCAUAACAUUCCACCCAUGCCCGGUGAAAAUUAUCAACACAUUGACAUUCCACGAGACGGAAAUGAUCGUUUGUUACGAAGAUACGAUCGGCGACGUGCGGGAAAAGUACUUGCGCUACAACGACAACGCCUGCCGCUACGAAUGGCGCAAAGAUCUCUCCAUGGGAUCCGAGACCGGACUGCUGCGGAUGGAUAAAACGCUUACUGAAAAUGGGUAUCAGGUCAAUCUGCGCAGUCCGAUACCGGUAAUUUGGAUAUUUUACAUUUUACCUCCGGGAACGAUAGACACAACGAAUGGCACGCACUCUUGCUCCGGAACAUCGUGCAACACGGUGAACGGGCCCCAGGCGGAGGAAAGCCAAAAUGCCAGCGCAUCUCCAGAUGGAAAACAAAGUAUAAACGCGACCACAAAGACAAAUUGUACGGCUCUGGAUAUCCACGAGUGUGCGAAAAACUGAACAAAUUACAAUAUAAUAGAAAUUCUUGAAAUUUUUCCGAA